AAAAUACCUGAUACCCAAACAAAUGAACAAACUUGAAAACAAUAAAAAAAAAGAGAUCAGGGAUGGUAAUUAGUGAAAGCUUUUAUUUGCAAUCCCGCAAUGAACCAUCACAUUCUAAAACUCACACAGAUAAAACGAUGUGAUCGCAUUGUAACAAAUAUAGAGACGGGCACUGCGAUGCGUUCGUUCGGUUUGGUUCGGCAACGCGCGUCUCCCACUUAUUCUACACAUGCCGACCGCAAGUCUCAGCAGUUUAGUUUCAACGUUGCUCCGAGUGAAUUCGGAUCGUGUUCUUUAUAUUCCAAAAGUGUUGUUUCUGGUGUUGUCACUGUAUUUAGACUAAAACAUGGCAGACUUCAGUGUUCCACACUGUUCAGUCCAUCAUAGAUGUCUCGAAUAAUAAUAAACACAAUACUUAUGGACAUCAACAUCAAUAUAAAGUGAAAAUAAUUUCGAACAGCUGAAUUGUUAUCAAGUGAUACCGAUACGAGUGUUUAUAAAAAAACGUUCAAGUAUUAAUGAAGAAGAAAGUGUUAUAAAAAAUUUGGCCAACGUUAGAUACAAAAGAACAAAGCAUCUUUAGAGUGACAAGCUGAUGUUUUUAUAUUAAUCCUGUCUCAGUACGUGAUGUCCUUGGAGUUUUGCAGCUCGUUUGGAAGCUGAUUCCUUGUGUUCAAGUUCUUGCUUUCCGCGCCAUCAGGAUUGUUGUGUCUACUGAAAAUAAGAAAAGUUGAAGAAAAUAUGAAGUAGAGUGUAUUAUAAAGUGAGAAAGAAAGAAAAUAUCUAUAAGCUAAGCAAGUAACAAGCUUUAAGAAUGUGCUUGACUGACAAUUGUGAAUAGAAUACGUAUAUAAUUGUGUUAAACAUGUCUUCGGCUUCGUUGAAAUCAGACUGACGUCAUUUUAUUCAUCAAGAGGAGAACCUCACGCAGAGAAUACAACAGAAAAGACGUCGUGCAGUCUCGAACAUGAGUUCCAUGAGUUUCCGUAAGAGAUAAUUGGCUUUAUCAUAACUUUACGAUAACACACUUUAGUGUUGUGUGUUGGUGGCCAUCAAGACUCUUUACUCUCUUCACGUUGGUCUAUCACAUGAAGCUCAACACCUGUUUUGUGAUUACAACAACCGUCCAGGUGGUAAAUAAGCAAGGGAAAGAAACCCUACACUGUACUUUAUAUGCACUUCCGUUCCAUGUGUAUAAUAGCUUGAACAAAUAUUCUUGAAUUUUAUUACACACUCAAUCUCAUCUAAAAUACUAUGUGCUAUAUACUCCAACAUGUUGUGUUGGCGGCUUAGAUAAAUUCGUAAGAACUGAUGAGUGAAUAAAAAAAAAAAAGACAACGCCCACCACCAUGUGAGUAAAGUUAUUGAAAUGAACAGGACAGAGUGGACACAUUUAUUUACCGGAUGUCGCGUUCGCACAACUGAGAAUGCCGCUGCUUUGAUAUUUCAAUUCAUAUUUCGUUGUAGCCUUGACUAAAAGAGAUAACGAUACGGAAUACGCGUUUGUUUCAUUAGCUAAAGCUAAUCACUGCGACUCAAUUUUUAUGUGGCUUUGACUAUUGUUUCGCUUGACAAGAAACAGCGGAAAACAAUUUCAAUGAGCAACAAAAAAAAAAAAAAAAAUAACAAAACCGGUAAACGACAACAGAAAAUAGUGAAGAAUAAAAAAGCAUUUAUUACGAAAUUGUUUAAUGGUUUAAUUAUUUUUCUAACAAGCUUACUGUUGUACAGCAAGAAAAAAAAUAUAUUUAAACUAAAUAUAUAAAAUUUUUCAAGCUAGAGUUACUUUGAAAGAAUAAAAGCUCCAUAACCAUUUAAAAUGGAGUAAAUAUUUUUAUUUUAUGUUAAUUUAAUGAAAAAUUAUCAUAAAUACUAGUGAUAUUAAUUACUGUUUUAUUAAAGACAAGUUUUAAAAACUGGUAUAAAGCUUAACGACGUUGAAACAAUUGUUUUAAUAGGAAUAAAAAGAAUUACAAAUAAACCAACAAGAAUAAGUUUUCCAAGUAAAGGGAAAAUGUGAUGAAAAAUGGGAUAAGAAGUGUGGGGACUACGUCGUAGGUCGUAUAAAUGUAAAUGGAUGACGUAAAGAUGUCAACUGAUUGGACUACCUUACAUACUAAAGAAGUAAAUUUCUAUAAUAAAGAACCAUAAGGAGACUAUAAAGAAAUAGUGCUGGUGGAAUUUUUCAAAGAAGAGGGACACAGGAAACAGCAGGUAACGGCAGCUGGACGUCCGGUGUAGAUGACAGUCAAAAGCAGAUCCUUGAGUUCCGCCUUUUUGUCAUGUGUAUGUGUGGAGGAGGCUAUAUGUCAGAACACUUGAAACCAUAGGAAUAGAAAGCAGCUAUUGAGAAUCUGCAGAAACAUUACUUGUGCAGUAACAUAAGUGAAAGAAAAAGUUAAAAGCAGGUUUAAAUUAUACUUGCACGUUAGAUCUGUUUAUAAUUUAAUUAUUUACAAGCUACAAGAAGUCGUGAGUGCUAAGUUAAAGCACAUAAAUAUGAAUUCUGCAGUAUCUAAUGAAGCUACUUCUCCAGGGGGUCGCAGACUCUCCAGAAGUUUUCACUCGUGUCUACGUGGAGCUGACACUGAUGAUCCUGAAUCAGACACAUCCUACGAGAAGGCAUGCAGAAGGGGCAGUGCUCCAGCAACACCAGUCCUUGGUGCACGUCCUCUGGAUGUUACUCCAAACAGAAUUGUCAACUUCUUCUCGAAGCGGUCGUUCCGCUCGAAUCCUCUGAAGAGAACGAAGAGCGUAACGAAACUUGAGCGCCAGAAGCAACGAGGAACUGGAUUAAGAGGUUGUCGUUCACACGAGUCACUUUUAUGUGGACAAGCUGUGACAUCGAUGGAUCUAGCAGCAGUUACACCAUUACAUCCAAGUUUACUUGGUAGGCCACAUUGUUUUCAAGUGACACCAAGUAAUGGUCCACCAAAGUACUUCAGUUGUCGAACUGCUCAUGAACGAGAUCAAUGGCUUCAUAGCCUGAGGAAAUCAGUUCAACCAGAUGCAGAACAAACUCGACGAACGGACAAUUCGCUCCAAAUUUGGUUGCUUGAAGCCAAAGGUGUACCAACAAAAAAACGUUACUUCUGCGAAGUCUGUUUAGACAAUACUUUGUAUGCACGUACAACAGCCAAGUUAAAAACAGAAUUAUGCUUCUGGGGAGAGCACUUUGAUUUCCAUCAUCUACCGUCUGUCAAUACGAUCCAAGUCAACUUAUAUAGAGAGGCCGACAGGAAGAAGAAAAGAGACAAGAAUGUAUUGAUAGGUUCAGUCAGCAUUCCAGUUCAGAAUGUAACGUCACGUUAUCUUACGGAAAAGUGGUAUCCAGUUGUCAGUGACAAAGGAGUUCUGAAAGAACCGCCGGCGUUGAGAGUUAAAUGUCGCUUUCAAUCAGUUGACAUUUUGCCUGUUCAUGUUUAUCAAGAGUUUCUGGAGUAUCUCAAGACAGAUUAUGCAUCGCUCUGUGAAAGAUUAGAGCCAGUCAUUGGUGUAAAGGCUAAAGAAGACAUCGCUACAGCUUUAGUAGCCGUAAUGCAACGCGAGAAAAAAGCACCACAAUUUUUAGCUGAUCUGGUAAUGAUAGAUAUUCAUAGGAUUGACGAUGAAAGGUUGACUUUCCGCGGCAAUUCCUUGGCUACCAAGGCUAUGGAGGCGUACUUGAAGUUGACAGGAGAUCGUUAUCUUCAAGAAACACUUGGAGCUGUUGUGAGGGGAGCUGUGGAUGGUGGAGACUGUGAAGUAGACCCACUAAAAGUUUCUUCACUCGCUGCAUUACACAAACAACAGCAGAAUCUCCGGGCAGCUGUUGAAUUAGCAUGGAGUAGGAUUCUUGCAAGUCACGCACACUUUCCUCUGGAAUUACGCGAAUGUUUCCGCAUUUUCCGCGAGCGUCUGGCGGAAAUGGGUAGAGAAGAUAUCGCUGACAACUUAAUAUCAGCAUCUAUUUUUCUCCGAUUUUUAUGUCCAGCUAUUCUCAGUCCAUCACUCUUCAAUAUAACACAUGAAUAUCCUAAUGAAAAAGCUGCAAGAAAUCUUACACUCGUUGCUAAAAGUCUACAAACUUUAGCCAAUUUUACGAGAUUCCAAGGCAAAGAGAAUUUUAUGGAGUUUAUGAAUGAUAUUCUUGAAAGAGAAGCACCUGCUAUGAAGAAAUUUCUUUUAUCAAUCAGUAGUCCAUUACCAAAAGAUGCACCAGCUAAUAAUUCGCUUGAAUUUGAUGGUUACAUUGACCUGGGCAAGCAAUUAUCGCUACUUCAUGGACUUCUUCGUGAAAGUAUCUCAUCAUCAUCAUCACCACCAUCAAGACUUCCUGAAAUUCUUGAUCGAAUCUCUGCUGCUUUAGAUCAACCAUCGACAAAUGUUAUUCAAACUCAUCGUUUCUCAAAUCUCCAAAAUAAUAUUUUCCGAUAUAAUGAUCCAACAAUUUUGAACAGCAGUUCAAAUCUCUCAGUGUCUGCUUCUUCGACUUUAAGCAAUCACAGUACGUUAAAUGGUACCUUGAGGGAUAGCAAUGAAUUGCUUCAAAGUAAUACUUUGGAGCACUCAAGCAAUUUAACAAGAUCUCCAAACGUCGUAAGAGCAGCAACGCUACCACGGAAUGCUUAUCUCCCUACAAAUGGUAAAUUACACUUACCAAUACCUUCGGAUGAUUACCAUCCGUUGGAACCUCCAGCAUUUGUGUCGAGAUCUCCAACACCAGUUAAUCGACAGCACAGACCAACAUUAAUUCAUCGCGCUGGCUAUCGAUUGACUACCAGUACAAGCCUUGCUAAUGUUAAUCACUGCCAAAAUCAUCCAACGAGCCCAACUCGCUCGGAAAGUCACAAUAAUCUUAAAGACGCUAACUACAAUAUUAAUGUCAGCCAAGCAAAUCAAAUAAGCAUUGGAACUCAUCAUCAUACUAGACCAUACACAUCAAAACUGCCAUCUCAUGAUAAUCAUGAAGACAAUUAUAAUCAUAAUUAUAAUGUUUCACGGUCAAAUAGUAGGAAUCACUGCAAAGAAGAGAAUGCUAAUCAAGUUCAAAAUUAUAACAAUGUUUCUAAGACAACUGUUAAUGCUAACCCUAUUGUUAAUCAAGCGAAUCUCACGCUAUCUAUUAAUAAUCAGUCGAAUAAUAAUUAUCAUAAUAAUAAUAAUGCAAAAAUAAAUAAUAAUACGGGUACCAAUGGAAACUUGGAUGAGAUCUCAGAUUUAUUAAGAUAUGCUGAUGAUGAAGUAUCAGAAUCCAAGUCACAAAAAGGUUCACAAAUAUCCAUCUCGCAAUUAAGCAACGUCGCUUCUUCAGGGUAUCAAAGCUUUGCGGCUUACAGUCAAAGCUCGAGUCCAGUCGACCUCAGUAAUAAUGCUAAUGCACACAUAAUUAAUGCAGCACCACUCGCAUUUGCUAAUCCCGUGUAUCAUAUGGAAACUAAUCAUGGUAGAAGUAACCGAAGAGACAGUAGUAGUUCUGAUGAAAGGGACGGAAGUAGUAAUGGUGGUGUUGAAGGUAUCAAAGGCGUUGAUCUUAGUCCUUCACCAACUUCACAAACGAGCUUGAGAAAUAAUCAGCGAAAUGAACAAAACCAGUGGAGACAACUGAAUGCCAAUCAUCGCGUUGUUGGCGAACAAAACCAAAAUACUUGUUGUACAAAACUCAUGAGGCGAUUGUCUCUCGAUUCAACGAGAGAUUUGUCGGAUACUAGUGAAGAAGAAAAUUGCACUAAUCGGCGGAAUAAAUCGCGGAGUCAUCGAAAUAUUGAUCAGUAUGAGAUGGAAAUCGAGCGAUUACAAAACAGUGUGGACCGAUUACGAGCACGAUUAGGCGCUACUGAAGACACUGACGUCGAUGGUAUUACUCCUGACACUAAAAUGAAGAAUAUAAUCUCCAGAUUGAUCUCUGUGGAGGAGGAACUUCGACGCGAACAGCAGAAAAUGUCCGCAGCAUUGUCGUACAAGCAGCGCGUGAUCGACGCUCAAGAGCAACAAAUAGCUGCUCUGGAUGCAGCAAAUACCCGACUGAUGUCAUCAAACACAAGACUAUUGUCCGCAUUGAGCACUCUUAAGCAACGAUACAAUCUUAAAGCACAGUCAAACAGCAGUGAAGCCACAGCUUUACUCCAAAAUAUAACUGAUAUCAACGAGCUUAAGAGUUCAUCUUGUUAAAAUGAUUUAUAAAAGCGACCAUUCAACAAUCACAGAAUUCAGUACUAUCUUUUAAACAGUCACUAAAUUAAUAUAUACAAAGUAUAAUCAUUUCAAAGAAAUAUUAAGAGAGAAAAAUUAAAGAUGAUCGGUUUUUAAUGUUUAUAAAAUUAUUUAUAAUUGAUAUUUAAUUGUUUAAUGGAUCUAUCAGUCUGUCACUCUGCUUUUUAGGUUUCUUAUAAACCUAGAUGAUGUGUUUAAUAAGUGUGAAAUAUAGAGGCUAAUUAGAAAGUAGUUUAUAUAUUAUAUAUUCACUAAGUAAAUUAUUAAUUGCAUAAUUAUUAUUGUCAAAUUACCGUCAAUUAGUCUAGGACGGUUCAUUUGUACGGGAAAUUAGAUUUUGUAUUAUAUAUCGCACGAGACUAUCGACAAAGAUUCAUCAUUAGAAUUAAGGAGUAGUGAUUUGAUGUACUACUUGACCAACUAAAUUGACUUAAAAAACAACUAUCUUUUUACUUUUCUGUUUAUUUAUUUUUUAAUGUUUUUUUUUCAUGGAUAUAUUUAUUUUCUAUUGAUUAUGAAUUGUAAUGUUAUUUUCUUUUUUUUUGUUUAUUAUAAAUUGAACAGAAAGUUAAGUAAAUUGUGAAAAUCGUCUCAUGAAUGAUCUAAUUAAUUGCAAACAAAAAUUAAAUGAGACAAUAAAAUAUUCAAAAAUUUAUUUACAAAAAAAAUUCUUAAAAAGCGACAAAAUGUAAUAAAUUUUAUAAAAAAAAAGCUAAAACUUUACAACACAUCAUGAUAUUUAUUUAGCAAUUACUACCAAAGAUAUUGAUUUUACAUUGUAUAAAUAACAACUGAAAUCAUGUAAGAUAUUUUUUUUACUCACAACAUUUUGAGAUUUGUUAAUAAUAAUUUACAAAAAAAGAUAUGAAUAAUUAUGAUUAAAUAAUUCAUCAUUAUCAUAACUAAAAAUGUUUCAAUUUUGUUCAUAAUUGAGAAAAAUGACUUUUUGUUAAUAAUGAAUCAAUUAUCUGAUAAUAGUCAUUUAUUACAAAAGAAUUGUAGUUUUAUUUACUGCAUUUGGUAUUCUACAAAACAUUUAUUGCAGUUGAAACAAAUAUGAGUGCAUGAGAAAAAUGUGUGAAUGUAUUGUUUGAAUGAAAGUAUGCGAAAUUUAUAAAAAGUUAAUUAGACAGUUGAAAGUAAGAUAUAAUGCAAAAACACUGGAGAAAAUCACCGAGCGACUAUUUAGGAAAUUAAAUGUAAUUCUAUGAAAAAGUAUUAUUGCUCCAAUUUGUAUAGAAAUCACAUGUUUAGUGUAUUGAUAUUUAAGCCGUUUAUAAUUGUAGCUAUUAUUAGUGUUGUAUAGAAAAAAUUAUUUUCUUCUUUUGCAUAAUUUUACCCUAAUUUAGCACGAAGAAGAUAAAACUUCAUCGUUGAGUAUUCUGUCACAAAAUUGCUAUGUACAAGCAAUCCUGUUAAAGAGUAUGACAAAAUGAGAAUAUAUCUCUCUUAAAUUAACACUAAAGAACUUUAAAAUGUAUAUUGCUAAGUAUUAAUUUACUCAAUUAUUUUUUUUCAUUUCAAUCAAUGUAUUUAAACUUGAAAAUUAUAUAUGGACAAAUAAAUAUAGUUAAACAUA